UUUGGAUUCCCCCAAAGGAUUUGACCCGCGUUUUAAAAACAGUGGCGACAUUUGUUGUUGAUUGGUUACCAUGACAACGGAGGAGAAAUACAAAUGUCCCCUGGACGAGCAGGCGUUGCGCGUGGCGAUGGAGGAGCUGAACGAAGACCCCAGCACGCGACACAUCGAGGUCAAAACCUUACGUCAGAGGCUGGAAAAGUACCCAGGACUGAGGGCAAGGACGGACACGGUGUUUCUGCUGAGAUUCCUGCGGGCUAGGAAGUUUGACCAGGAGUUGACCUUCCAGCUCAUUCUAAACUACUACACCACCAGGAGGGACGAUAGGGAGGUGUUCAAAGAUCUGAAGCCGAUCUGUGUCCGACAUGUCUUUGAAAGUGGCUACACAACACCCCUGGGGAUCCGUGACAGGAAGGGGGCGUCGGUGGUGCUAGAGAAACCAGGUAAAUGGGACUACUCGAGGUUUUCAGAGCUCGACCUGAUCAAGGCCGACUGUAUCACCAUUCGCAAGAUCACCGAGGAGGAGACCACUCAAGUUUACGGGAUAACUCUGAUCAUCGAUUACACGGGCUUCACGCUGUCCCACCUCGCCCACACAUCGCCCUCGUUCGCCCGCAGGAUGUGCCGCCUCUGGCAGGACGUGUUCCCUGCCCGGCUUAAGGCUGUCCAUAUCGUGAACGAACCAGCCAGCUACGGGAAUAUUUUUGGCCUCUUUAAACCGUUCCUCAAGCAGAAGUUGCUAGACAGGAUAUUCUUCCAUGGCACCAGAUAUUCCAGCCUACACGAGCACAUCGACCCCGAGCUACUUCCGGAAUCUUUUGGCGGGACCAAACAAAACGUCACUGAUACGGACUGGUGUGACGUCAUCCUGAAGUACGACAAGCAGUUUGAGGAGGACGCCAAAUUCGGACUCCUGGACAUGAACGUCACUUCCGGACAGGGGGCGGAGUCAGAGAGCGCUGGGGGCGUGGCCAAAGACGGCCUGGUCGGGACGUUCAAGAAAUUGGCUGUAGAUUAACACCAACCGCUUGACCGAUGGUCAAUCCAGCUGGA